UCGCAUCCAACUCAGUCUGCAAUACCUCUGGCCUCAAAUUGCUAACACUGUGGGAAUUCAGCAGUUGUCCUGCGGGUUGAGUAUUGCAGAAUGUGAACAAAUGGCACGCAUAGAUUACAUUACCGCAUGUUUUUUUUGUUGUUGCAUUUUCAGAACUUUUGUGGAAUUCCACCAAAUUCAUUCCUCACUACCUACCCAUGCCUCCAGUAAUCGCUUUUCAACAAUUGUUGGUGCAGCCCUUACCCUGCCACACUUUGGACCAUUCCGCAAUUGACGAGUAUUUGAACGGUUCGAUUUUUUUUAUGGAAUCGGCCAUACAUAAAAUGCUAAAUGUUUCCACUAUUACGUGAAACUGGCCAGCAUUCUGCCAAAAACUGGUUGAAACAACAACACCCAAAAUAUCUGCAUGAAUCAGGCCCAGAUUGUUUUGUAGUUUGUGGAUUUUAAGCACAAGCCAGCAGAUAGUGUAUUGGACGUUCAUCCUACAUUUGUGAACCUAAUUUAAAAGAACAUUAACCUAUGAAAAGCUCACCAAUUCUCAUGACAUUUUUUCACUGAGAUGUUUGGCCAACUUCUUCAAAUGUGUAUUUCAAAAUGUGCACAAGUUGAAUCAGGAACCAAUUCAGUCACCCUUGGUUGUUCCCCUUGGGAUCAUGACCCCAUGAAUAAGGUUUCCAGAUAAAUCAGAUGAUGGGUUAUGCUCUGUAAGCACAACCUCAGCAGCCAAUAGAUUUUAAAGUUGCAAAUGUUCUCCUGAUUAUCUUUUAACCUAAAUAUCUUCAAAAUAAGACCGCUAUAGAACUAAAUAAUGUUGAACGUUAAAUCAAGCACUGUCGUGAAAUGUAACAGAGCCUUACCAUGCGUUUGUGUUAUUUUGACAUAAACUGCACUAAUUGAAUGCUGUUGUUUUAUUUAUUUUAUUUACCAAUAUCCUACCAGCUCUGCAGCAGUCGCUUUGGCCUUUCCAGUGUGAGAGCUGAAGAGAUGUUGAAAUCACAAGAAUGCAGAAUUAAGGGUGACAACAACAAUGCAAAAUCUUCUGAGAAGUUAUUCCCUUGUAAGGAAUGCGGGAAGGCUUUUGCAUUAACUUCUAAACUGAAGAGGCAUCAGAUGACACAUUCAAAACCGUACUUUUGCAACGAGUGCGGAAAAAGAUUCUCGAAACUUUUCAACCUGAAGACCCAUCAGGUAACGCACACGGGAGAGUGGCCGCACGUUUGUGACGCGUGCGGAAAGGGCUUUCCACACGUAUCGCAACUCAACACCCACAAGAUGACACAUACCGGAGAGUGGCCAUACGUCUGUGAAGAGUGCGGGAAAGGAUUUUCAUGCAUUUCUCAUUUGGAAAAGCACAAGAGGACGCACACCGGGGAAAAGCCGUACAAGUGUGAUGAGUGCGGGAAGGGAUUUGCCGAUAUUUCCCACCUGAAAAUACAUCAGAUGGCACACACUGGAGUGUGGCCACACGUUUGUAACCAGUGUGGUAAAGGGUUUUCGCAGAUCUCCCAGCUGACUUCACAUCAGAUGACGCACACCAGAGAGUGGCCUCAUGUGUGCGAUGAGUGCGGAAAAGGAUAUUCGUGCGUUUCCCAUCUGAAGACUCAUCAGAGGAUACACACCGGAGAGAAGCCGUACACCUGUGAAGAGUGCGGCAAAGGCUUCUCCCAGGUUGCUUACCUCAAAACGCACAAGAUGAUACACACCGGAGAGAAGCCGUACAUCUGUGAAGAGUGCGGCAAAGGCUUCUCGCAAAUUUCCACUCUGAAGAUGCAUCAACGAACGCACACGAGGGAAAGGCCGUAUAUGUGCGAGGAGUGCGGAAAGGAGUUUUCUCAGAUUUCAAACUUGAAGACUCACCGCCUGACACACACCGGACAUUGGCCUCACGUCUGUGAAAAGUGCGGAAAGGGAUUUUCUCAUAUUUUCCACUUGCAGACACACGAAAGGACACACACAGGUGUGAGGCCGUAUGCCUGUAAGGUUUGCGGCAAAGGCUUUUCGAACCUUUCCAACCUAAAGACGCAUCGUCGGACUCACACUGGCGAGAGGCCGCACGUGUGCAUUGAGUGUGGGAAAGGAUUUUCGUGUAUUUCCCACUUAAAGAGACACAGGAAAACGCAUACUCAUAAUGAAGAGCUCUAGGAUUUGUUCAAAGUUAAUAGCAUGGCUGGCAAGUGUUCUGAUUUGACAGAACAUUGUAAAAUUUUUGGGAUAAAUACUCAUAGCCCACUUGGCCAUUUUUCUUCUUUGGUUCUUUCGGUAAAGUCACAUUCUACGUGACUUUACCGAAAGAACCAAAGAAGAUGAAUCAUUGCAGUCACGAAAGCUUUAAAUCGAAAUUUAACCGCCUCCACUUGGCCAUUCUCAUACCUGUCAAACCCUUAUCAGUGCCCUACCUUAUUAAAGACCAAUUUAUACCUUAUUGGGUCACCCUUGCCGUUAUAAAUCUCAACGUUCACCCUACAAAGUCCCAUCACAAGAGAGAAACACAAACAAAUAGACAAAAAACAUUUAUUCGCCCGUAUUGAAACGGAUGUAUGCCGUAUGGACCUGAAAACUCAAUUUCCCUGUACGAGAACGGGGUUAACCGUAUGGGUUGACAGCUGUGUAUUCUCUGCCUCGGAGUAAAAUGAUACAUAAGUCGCUGUACAACUGACACGUGUAUGGACUUGCUCAUUGACAAGCGACGUGGAAUCUCACUCUAGAUGGUUAUACGUUAUGGGCUUCAUCGAUUUUAAACUUAAAACUGACCAUGGACCGCUCCAUGAAAGGUGAGUGCGUGUUCAGACAAUAACAGUGUUAAGUAAUAAUGUAAAAAUAAUGUUCAAAAUAAUUUUUGUUGUGUUUAGUCUGUUGUCCAUCCCCCGCACCUCCGAUUUGCAUGGAUUGACUACGUACGGUGCAAAGGAAGUUCAACAUGCAUGAAGUUCAACAUACCUGAAGCAGUGCUUUGCAGCCGGUGUGCCUCUGCAAAGUCACCGGUGUGCUGCCAUAUUUUCAAUAUUUUAUAAAAGGUACGUAAGAUAGGAUAGAGUCUAUCCUGUCUUAUUUCACCCAAGUCUACUGCUUUACUAUAGCCAAGCACUACUAUCCAGUAUUCAUUUGUACAUACGCAGAUGGAAAUGCACAUACACACAUGUAUGAAAUGCAUGCAUAAACGUGCAUCCACACUCGUGGUCUCUCGCACAAAUACAUUCACCACGCACAUACACAAGCACGUGCACACCCUCUCACCCACACAGACUUGCACGCAUACGCACACAGUCCUUUUCAAGCAUAACUUCUAAAGGAGAGCUUAUAAGUAUUAUAAAUCUAUGCCGGGUGAGUAUGAGUAAGUAAGUGGGUAUUCUCUUUCCGCUCCAACGCAUUCCCACCUACCCAGCCACCCGGGCCCUCGGGAUGUUUUGGUUCGGUGCGGCCGUGAAGAUCUACACGGUGUGCGGCGUGGAGUGAGAACGAUCGAGAAAACACCUUUAGGACUCUACGCUCCCCUGUUAAUUCCACCGCGCUUAGAAUUGCACACCCUUAGGAUGGAUAUGGUCCUGCAUUGCCUGAACUUGCUCCUGCGCUUUGCCCCACCCCCCGCUUUGCCCCCUGUAUGUCUGCUGUAUCUAAUCUUCAAAACAGAUUAGAGCCAACCUGAGAAAAUUUGCAAGCACCAAAAUUCGGAAAAGGUUGCAUGUUCUCGAUGCCAACAUUUGACGAUGCUUCCCUCCCCCCGUAAUCUUGUGGUGCUAUGCAUUUAAAAUUGAGUAGGAAUUUGGAUGCGUCGCGGACCGUACAAAACGCGAGCCUUCGGCAGUCACUCGCAGUCGAGAAUUGAUCGUCUUCCAGCAAUGUCUUAUCUGUAGGUCCGAAGAUGGCUGAAGAAUGACAACGUUCAACCUAAAUCUAAAUUUGGAAUUAUUUUGUGAAAUAUUAAAAAGCUGUACAAUGUAAAAAAAAUAUGACCGUUGAUAUAUGAAAGGAUGAUGAAGGCCUCCUCAUAUUGUUGACGGUGCUCUGUAUUAGCUGGUGGUGGGAACGCCAUUAACCGGUUGAGAUGGCCACGCUCCACUUAGCUGUGGCCGGGAAUCAAACGUAGGUUGUGCCACUAACCCACCCUGCUGCUACGCUGGUGAGAUUAUAGUAAUGUCAUAGUAAUUUUUUUUCACCAUACGAAGUUCCAUGUGUGACGGUGAAAACGUAUUAUUUUUGUAGGUAUUCAUUAUAGUUAUGAAAAAAAUAAAAAUAGGUUUUUACCCUUUAUGGCAAUACAACAGUUGUGUUAAGAUGUUCAAACACCAAAUAUAAACCUUUUGCAAGGAAUCAAGUUCGCAUUUGCCACACGGUACUUGUGGUGAACAUGCAAACAAAACAUGCUCUGAUAACAUUUUCAUUGUCUUUGAAACUGAUCGACCUACACCAGACAGCCUUCUUUAAGGCCUAGUCUUCUCCAGUGUCAGACCAGAGAACACCAAAAUGCGAACAGAUCCUGGCAAUAACGUCCCAUGCGUUAUAGUUGUCAAGAGCUGCUGUUUGAAUGAAAAUAAUUUCUUGAAAAUGGACCAGCAGCAAAAAUGUUUAAUACGUGCCCCAAAGGGAGAUAGUUCAUUCGGUAAAGUACUUGUACGGUAUACAUUGUUUCAUGAUUGUCACAGAUGUGUUUAUUGUAAAUUGCGACGUGUUUACAAGCAUCACCUGUAAUUUGGAAUGCAUGAGAGUUGUGUUCAUAAAUUGACAAUAAUUUGCCUUUGUUAAAAUCGUGCAAUUUGCUUAUUUAACUCAAAUAAAGGUUAAUCAGGCUA